AUGAACAUGACAUAUAAGUCUGAGAUAUCUUUACGGCGUGUCAUCCAAAGUGGCACUCCAAUCUCGUACAAAAUGAACGGAGAAACUGCGCCAAGCUUGGCUAGUGCUACGCAUAUCGAUAUCCCCCCGCAUUCCUUCCCAAAAUCUACGCCGACACGCUUCCUAAGACCUGGAGCUUCACAAUCUAGUCACCCGACAUCCAAUCCCGAUGACUUCUUCUCGCUGGAUGCUGUUUACCUUGCAUGGUUGCUCAAAGAUGCGCCAGGGGCGGAAUAUAUGAAGGCAGUGCGAGAGAAUGGGCUUAUGGUCGGGUUCGUGAGCGUGACGGAGAGGAAGGGACUCGUUGAGUGGUUGGAGGGUAAGAAGGUGGAGCAUGAGAGGAUCGUCCCGCUAGCAGGCGAGGGUGGGUCGACAACACCGCCCGGUUCACCACCUCAUGCUGGGUCAAGCACGACCGCACGUACGUUGCCCAGAUCCGCGCUAUCCGGAGACACGGGCGCCACACCUGUGAAGCGGAGAUACGUGGCAGAUCCUCAGGACGUGGAGGUAGUGAAGAAGAUCAAAGCCAGUGAGAUCGAACUGCGGGAUCGAAAUACAGUUCUGCGCGGUAUCAAGCCGAACAAUUUUGCGAGUGUCAGAGACAUGUUCGCGGAGAAAUUAAAGAAACUGAAAGAGUCUGGCAAGCCGGGGGCACCUGCAACGGCUGCUGCACCCGCUGUUGACCCAAAGCUGCAGGCUCGGAAAGCUCGCAAUAUGUAUCCUAUCAUCAUGAUUUCGUCGUCACCGACUGCGCUGAUCACGAUGCAUAAUGUCAAGCGGUUCCUGCAAGAAGCCGUAUUCGAACCAUCCGCAGAAGCCCGCGCUCGCGCCACAGCCGAGGGUAACACCAAACCCGAGGACCUGCUCGCUAUAUACAGGACGCUCACCCAUAUAUCGCCGUCGGGAAAGCAGACCACGUCGCAGGCUCGGUACUUUGUGGUCGACUCGGUGGAAGCCCUGUCGAAGUUCGGUAACGACGCUUGGGAUCGCGUCGUCUGCGUCAUGACGACCGGCCAAGCCUGGCAGUUCAGGCCGUACAAAUGGAAUGACCCUAGGCAGCUGUUCCAUCAUGUCAAGGGUAUAUACUUCUCGUGGACGAACGACCCCCCGAACCCGAAAAUAAAAGACUGGAACGUCACUGAAUUGAAGAUCGACCCUCACAGGCGACAUGUUGACAAAUCGGUUGUCGCGCAUUUCUGGAAAACACUCGAUACGUGGACCCUUGCCAACAAGCCAUGGUUGAUACAGAAUCCAUGAUAUGUUUGGUGAAGUCCUUCGCUUCUAUUUGACUUUCCCUCUAUCCGCUUUUGCGUAUGUUUUUCCUUGUUUAUAGAUGACUCCCAUUCCAGUACCUGUAUCAUUCAUCGACCUCUUAACUUGUAGUGUGCCACGUCCCUCCAUAUCGACCCCUGCGCUGUCCGCACAUCCUACGCUUGCCUCUUCCUGAACAGUACCUUGGCUUUCAUAUCAGGUACGCAGGCUGUCGCGAAGUAGGUAUUGACGGGCCGGACGUUGUCCGGGAACCUAAUGUCGUAUAAGGAGACGACAUGCG